AUGGCGCAUCCCGAUAUCUCAUGUCAAGGACUUAAUAAAGUUGACAUCGCCUGCCUUGAAGCGGCUAUGACAUACCUCCCAGAUCGUGUUGCGAGCAACGACAAACUGACAACUUCUGGAUAUGAGAGUGGGAACCCCUUACGGCGCUUGUUCGAUGACGAAAAUAUCUUCACUGAGGGUGGGGUAGGCUUUCUGGAAGGGAGAGAAACAGUCUUGAGACUGAAGUUUCGAAUUUUGCAGCUCAUUGCCGAUCUGUUCCCUGAGAGCGAGAUGGAUGAGUCUUCACUCCGCGUACUUGGUAUGGGCUCUUUCAACAUCGUCGUAGCUGUCACAUUACAGCACAAGGCGCAACGACGUGACUCCGGGGUCGCCUUUGGCGCUAGAGUGUCAAGGCUUCUUGGUAUGCCUCCACGAACCCGUAAGUUUGCUUUGAGAAUUCCAAGGGACAAGAAUGGGGACAUGGAUGGUUCUCCUCUGAGCGACGUUGCUGGCGACAUUGCUACUCAACGCGUUGUCUGCUCCCAUCUAGCGCUACCCAUACCCAAGAUUGAGAAGUACGAUCUUGGUUCGAAGAAUGCGUUGGGACGGCCAUAUACUUUGCAAAACUUGCUACCUGGUAAGAACUUACAUGCGCUAUGGGUGGAGCUGAACCCGCAACAGAAAGCGUCAGCCGUUCAGCGGGUUACGGAAAUAGUGGAGAAGAUCGCCGCAGUCACAACAACCGCGGCUGGAUUCGUCUCGUUGAGCAACUUGAACUCCGGGAGAUCAAAUAUCGCGAUAGAACAGUUUCCCGUCCCGACUAACAAAGAAGCGGAGCUACGACCUCACUUUGCUCAACCGAGCCAGACUCCAGCACCAUCUCAAACACCAUGUGAGUAUCUCAUUGAUCAUUGCCAACGCUGGCAAACUUACGAAGAGGAGAUUGGACAAGCAGACCGAAACAAGGAAGUGUGGCGCGUGAUGAUCGCCAUUGCAAAAGCUCUCGAUCGGCGCGGAUGGCUGGGGCAACGCUUCCAUCUUGCGCACGGCGACUUGUUUCCUCGCAACAUACUCGCUGAGAUCACGGGUCCAGCGACUGUGGAGAUCACUGGUAUCAUAGACUGGGACAUGGCCUAUUUCGCACCCAAGUUUAUGGCCCUUCGCCCUCCAUUCUGGGCUUGGGUGGGCCACUCCAUGGGUGAGAGAGACGAAGAUGUGGUAACGUAUGAGCCAACUAUCGAGAAAUAUCAGGCACUGAAGCGAGCUUUUAGAAGCGCGGCAUCAGCCGAGUUCAUCAAUUUUGGCCUUUCUCGCGAGAGCGCUAUCGCACGGAAGCUUUUCAAGGUCGUAACUGGGGGCUUACUAGACACGGGUCGUCGCUGUCUAGCGGUCCGGCUGGCAGAGCAAUGGGAUGUAUUGUAUCCGGAGGAUAAGAUUGGGGAUCUUGGAGCGGAGUGGAAUUGA